UAAUUUGAUUUUACUUAAUGCUUUUGCGGUUCUGCCUAAGAAAAAAAAUCCUCAAAAUUAUUUUUACGAUAGAAAUCACUGCAUGCACGCUUUCUUGUUUCUUCGUUCAUCAAUCCUUCCUUCAAUUUCUUCUCUGUUUAUUUAGAGUUUCGUCAUCGUCCUCCUCCACUGCCGCAUGAGAUCUGCGAUAUGAUCCUUUUCUUAUACCUCCACCCGCAUUCUCCCGAUCUUCACAUGCUCGCAAAAUUCCCCAACGCAAUCCAUCAGGAGAGAGAAAGAGUGUGUGAUUAAACCCCGAGAUUGUUUCUUCUCUCUCACCGGAAUCGGCCAUCGUGUCUGUUGCUGGAAAAUGAGAGAAGAAAACCAAUACCCUACGCAUGACUUCUCCACAAAAUUUAUCUCCGAAACACAUAAUUUCUCCGAGAACAGGUGGCCGUUCGAUGCCGAUCACACUCUUUGAUCUCGGAACGAUCUCACUUGAUUAAAAAAAAAAAAAAAAUCACCAAAGUAUUAAAGGUUAAUGGAUUGCAAUAGCUGCAAUUAUUACUGCAACAAUGAUUACAUGGACGAAGUUCAAGACGAGCUGAACAAACCAAUGCCGUGGAUCGGCAUGUACAUUGCGGCAGCCUCUGCUGUUUGCUGUUUAUCCAUGGCGGCAGAUCUGUGCAGUGGCUUACAAAGCAAGCGGCUCUGGUUUCCAUGUAAGUACUUCUCUCUCAACGCCAUCUCCUUAACAAUGCUGGCUGUGACGACGAAGCUGCCGGCCGAUCUCACUAGCGAUAUGAGGGGGGUUAACGAUAAGCUCGCUUUGAUUAGUAGCAUAAUUUUGAUGGCAGUUUGUAUGGCUAAUUUUAUGACUUCGUUAGGAUCAGUGGAUAACAAUGAGAUGGUGGUAAAUCUAACAGCAUUAGCCAUUCUAGUGAUUACUAUAACAGCAAAUGUGAGCAUUCAUAUAUAUCAAAUGCGCGGAUACUCUGUUGUUGAGACUAUAAUGGCGGAAGAGAUAAUUUCAAUUUUUCUCAUGCUUUUCCUGCUCGUGGCUCUGUUUUCUCUGGCUUUGAUGGUUCCAAGCGCGAAGAGGUAUUUAGAGGCGGAGUAUAAUGAGAUGCAGAAAAUGGUUUCGAGUAAGCCUAUUGAGUGGGGAGAGUACACCAUUGAUGAGCUUAGGAUUGCAGUGAAGAGGUAUUGGGUGAUGUCAGAGACUGGCUCCCUCCAGUUUGUGUUGGCGCGAGCUGCCAUCUCCGUCACUGCAAGCUUGAUCUGCCCCUUGUUGAUCCUGACUCUCAUAGAAGCUCAUGUUCGUCUCCAUCUCACUCAUGAUGAGCCCAGCUGGACUUACACCAACUACGCGUGGUCCAUGAACUGGAUCUUGUACAGUCAGUGUGUGGGGGUCGCGUUUGGUGCAGUUGCUCCUGUGUUCAGAUGGAUGUUUGCUGCGCGUUUCAAGCUCUCCGAGUUGGGGCAGAAGAGAGCCAGAGAUGAGCUCUAUGUGGAGACCUAUUGGACUUCAAAGUUGGUGGAAUGGAGAGAGACGUCUCUCCCUUUGCAAAUCCACAACUUCAAGUGCAGGAAACUUGUUCAUGAUGCAAAGGGAUUAGUUCUAAAUAUCUGCAUCCGGAUUCAGAUUCUGUUUGUUCUAGCCAGCAAAUUGAUCCUGCUAACUUCUUGUAAAUUUGGAACUGCAGUGCUGCUGUGUUUCUACCGUUUGAAGAGGCACGAUUCUAGGGCAGCAGAUGAUACGGGAGGAUGCGAAACAGAGCUGGAUUUCAGCCGUUAUGUUCUGCUGCUUGAAGGCGAGGUGGAGCUGCCUAAGAAGGUGUUGAACAACAUAUUGGGUGAGCUCGAUAUUCUUAUUCAGAUAGGUGAACAAAAAAAGCCCAAGAGCCUAAUCGAGCUUCUCAUGAAAUCAAGAAACUUCCAAGGGGUGAGAGAAUUCGACAGCAACCAAGUCCCAAGCCUGCAUUCACUGGAACCCCCCAACUGCUGGUCUCUACCGGUGGUGACGCUGACAAGCAUCGCCAUCGCGCUCCCAAACGUGACGCACCACAAGGUGAACAAGCUGCUACGAGGGAUCAGGGAAGGGCUGUCCCUGGUGGGGCUCAUCGAGAACACACUCAACAGAAACAGAGAGCCCAAGAGCAUCAGAAAUGCAGCAAACAGGGUGUGGGUGGGGAUCGAGCUUUACGGAAAAUGGGAGAAUAAGCAGCUCAAGACUGCAAAUCUGAAGGUGGCAACAGGGAAGGAGAUGCUGGAGAAAUUAUCGGAGACGGCUAAGAAGACGGUUGUAGAUUUCAUGGCGAGCACUGAGGAUUUUCUAAUGCAAAACCCAGUGAACUGGCCUGCGAAAGUGACUGCAGCCAACUCAAUGUACAGGGUGAGCCAGACGAUCCUGCUGGGUCACAAGGAGGGGAGAAACCAGACUAAUGAGGCGCUGUUUGAGAGAUUGAGCGUCAUCAUCUCGGAGAUACUGGCUGCUUGCCUCACCAAUCUGGUGCGCGUCAUAACUUUGAAGUGCCACGUAAGCGCCGUCAAGGAGAGGCAGGAGAGCGUCACCCAAGCGGCGCUCCUUCUCGGGGAGACGCGGGAGAUUCUCGAGGUUCUGCACCAGCGUCACCUUCCCGGGUUGUGCCCGGAAAAGGCGGCUGAUAUUGAUGAGUGGAGAGCGUUUAUGGAGCACAAUUCUGUCGCCUCCUCCACUCACACCUCGCCUAACAGACAUCACUCGGAUGUGUGUAUUGAAAUGGAGGACUAGUUGUACAUGGAUCUCAUCAAUUAUGCUGUCUAACUACAUUUUUGCUUAACAUACAGAAGCCAGGGUGAGUAUAUGCUGUCUAACAACAGUUUUUGCUUUACAUACAUAAGCAAAGGGUAAAGGUAAGUAUGCUGUCUAGCAACAUUUUUGCUUUACAUGCAGAAGCAGAGGAUAAGGCAUUUCACAGAUCCAAAGUCAGCUAGGUUUGUUUGGAAACCUAACAGUAUAAGCAUGGCUUCAAUCCAAAGUCAGGCUGCUAAUCCGCACAAGUAACGGCAUCAGCUACCACUGUAAGUGGAAGUGAAAAAGCAGCACCAACUGCUGCAGUCUACAUGUUGGAACAAAAAAAAAAAAGAAACUAAGGGACGCCUUGGCGGUUUAUGGCAUCGGUGGACGAGAGUUGCUUGUUGGGAUCGUCGGCGGCGGUGGUGGUGGGGGCGUCGGUGGAUGCGGCGGCGCCACGGCCGGGAUUGGGUUGGAGAUGGCCCUCAGUGCCGUAAGCUUGUUUCUUGUAAUCCUCCAAGUCUUUGUACUGUGUAUAUGGGCUUGUAUCCACCGGCAGCCCUUGUAAUUUUGUCUUCUUUUCGUCUUCUUGCUUCUUCUCCAUCUAUGCCU